UGGGCGACGACGGCACGAAAGUCCACCAGUACUAAUUUAUCUAAACAGUUUGAUAGAUCAUACGCUCGAAGCGAGUGCAUUAUUUGACAACUGGACUAGACGCAGACCAACUUCUGUCCUGAGAUAGAAGAGAAGGAGGGGGAGCCAGACUAGCUAAGGUGCCUUGGCCUUGACGCUAUCAUUCCUGAGGUGGAACAACUGUCAACAGUACAGGGGCCCAGCUUGCCUGAGGACAUAGGCUUGUGACCUGAAGCUGGAUUUCAUAGGAGCGAUUCAACAGGUCACCUGACAAAUGAAGCCAAUCUUUGUCAUUGCUGUGGUUGUGACACUACAGGUGGAAAAAGGAUUGGAAGCUGAAAUGUUCCUCUCCUCAUGAAAGUCUAGACGGCAUGGCUCAUGGAUGGAAUAAAUGCUGCCCGACCCCAGUAGCUGAUCCAAUGGCUUUGGGAGAACUCCAGAGCCCAAAAGAGAAUAUGGAGGUUCAGACCAACAGUCACUUGAAGAAGGAGAGCAACCAUGCUUCUGGAAUAUAUCAGGAGACUACCCAUACAGACUUAAAGACUGUUGUUGAGACAGCAUUGGAUUCAAAUCCUUUAGGAAUAGACUUUUUAAAGGAUGGAGGUUGCACUGCAUUGACACCAACGAAGUCUCCUCUUUUGGGUGAUACUGUUCCAGAAUUUGAUGUAGAGACAAACCUGGAGACUCCAAAAUAUGACCCUGCUUCAACAGCGGCCCUUCUUGAUGGAUACUCGGAUGUUAGUAGCUGCUCUGAAUCAGACAAUGAAGGGACUUCGAAUUUUGAUGAGAUUUUCGAUUCUGAACAAACUGCUGAAACCCAUGAGACUCUGCCAGCAAAGAACCUUAACAAUUUGGAGUGGCCAUCAGAUGGAGAUAAAAGCAUCACAUUAAAGCCAGACAUUUGUAAAAGUGCAACAUUGGGUUGUAAGACGAAAAAACAGAAAGUGGUACAAGACCAUUUACAGGAGGAUCAGUACUCAAACAUAAGUAGCCCAGAACCAGACAUUGAGAGGGAGACAUCUGAUCUUAAAAAUGAAGAACAAGAUCUCAAACAGGAUCUGUGUAUUGCUCCUGAAAGUGUGUCAGAUCAUGCUCUGGAGACUCCAAAUUCUGGAGAUUGUCCACUCACAUCUGAUGUCCAUGAGAUGAUCAAGGAACCCAACGCAAAUGCUGUUGAUUUUCACAAUGAAGGUGAUGAUGUGGAUGGUAAUAUGGACAUACUGACAACUGCCAAUGCUCCAAAGUCCACAGAUGAAGACCCUGAGACCUUACCAUCUGUUCCCACUCCUGGUCCUGAAGAAAAUCCUACAUCACAGUCACCGCAAACAGAGGCACUAGAGUCUGGCCAUAAUGAUGAGUUAAGAAAAGGAAAGGAUGUCUGUCAACUCACUAGUGGUCUUGAGAUGCAGCACAGUAGUUUUGACUUUCUUGAAACUUGCCUGAAAAACUCAGAAGAUGGCCUUAGGUCCAGUUUUAACUCUCCACAGAAUUCAGAGAUUACAGAUGUAUCUGUCUGUGAGGAACCAAACCAAACCCAACCAGAGCCAAAUAAUCCACAAGGUAUAUUUGAGGCAGAACAAGAUCAGAUUGAAUUGAGUGAAGAUGUAACAAAACAAGAGGACAACUUCAAACAGAGUGAAUCCAAUUUAAAUGAGAAUGAGACCAGUCACCUUUCUGAAGUUGCACGUCUAAUAGAAUCACAUGACAUGAAGAAGAAGUUGGAUCCUGUUGUGGUUUUAGACUACAAAGAGCAUAAUGACAGCCAGGUUGGUGUUUAUCGUUGUGCACAAUGCAGUGGAACUGCAGAGAGUUUAGAUGAUCUAAUUGAACACCAUCAUCAGCACUCCCAGCUCCGUUUCCAAUUCUGUCACACCUGUGGAUGCUAUCUUACUCAACUUGCAGAACGGCAUAGGUGUGGACAUCAUGAGCUGGAAGGAGCUCAGAUCUUUCCAAAAGCAGUGCAACACCAAGACACUGAAGACUCUGAAAAGCUCACUAAGGCAAAAGUGACGUAUAAAUGUCGUCAUUGUCCCCUCUUGUUUAGUAAAGAGGAUGGGUUCCGCAUACAUGAACUAAAACAUAAGAACAAGACGCCAUAUAGGUGUCAUGGAUGUGGCUUAUAUUUUACCCAGGGUGGCUCCCUAAAACGGCACCUACGGUUAAAUAGAUGUGUUGGUUUGCAGUCUUCUGAGAAAGUGAUUCCCCACCCUAUGAAGAGAAUGAUAAAAACUGCAGUCAAGACCUCAGAUGGCCCACUCGGUGAAUGUUAUGUAAAGCUGGUAGAUAUCUACAAGAGAGACCCAGUAUCCCCUUCAAACACGUGCAACAUAUGCAAUAAAGUCUUCAAACUUCGUGCACAGUACAAUUCGCACAUGAAGACACACUCUAGUGAGAAACCUUACAAGUGCCAAGACUGCGACAAGGUAUUCAAAUACUCGUGGAACCUGAACAGACACAGAAGAGAGCAGUGUGAUCGGAAAGAGGAGCCGUCUCAAAGCCCCAUGUCAUAUAAAGAACAGGAGAUGGAGGACACUGAACAGACCAAUGCUCCCUCUCUUAGCACAUUGCCCACCCGAUUCAAGUGUCCACUCUGCCCCCGUGCAUUCAAAUAUUCCUACAACCUUGUCCGACAUCUACGUGUGCAGUGUCUCAAAGAGUACACAAAAGCUGAUGGGAAGGGGAAGACAAGUAGUGGGUAUAAGUGUCCACUAUGUGGUGUUGUUUUUACCAUUGUCUGUAAUCUGGCUAGACAUAUCAAAAAUACCUGCUUGCCACUUUAUAAAACUAAAUUCAGCAAGAUCAAGCAAGAAAUGAAGAGUGAGGUUUUAGGGAAAAAGUCCAAACCAAAAGCUUCAAAGAAAUCACCACCCAUUGGCGCAUUCUAUAAAUGCAAGUUAUGUCCUGCUGUUUUUUCUCAUACCUCUGGAUUAUUCAAACAUUCAAGGAAACAUCGGCUGUCUGCUAAGACUGGAAAGCCAGUCAGGUACAGAACUGCAAAUCCUGAUGAUCUGAAAGUGACUUCAGACCAGAGACAAGAAGAAAAGUUGUCUUGCCGAUUUUGUGGAAAACGCUUUACAGAAUCGCUCACCUUGAAGAACCACAUGGCUCAGCACAAGGGAGACAAACCAUACAACUGCCAGCAAUGCGGUAAACGUUUCAAAAAGCACGCCUAUUUGAUAGCCCAUGCUCAGAGUCACAAAAGGAAGGUACAGUGUUCAGUUUGCAACAAAAUCUUCCCCACCAUUGCUGAUUUGUUACAGCAUAGAGCGAGUCAUGACAACAAGGGGAUGCUGAAGUGUCCAGACUGCCAAAUGGAGUUCAGAUUUCCUGUUUACCUUUUAAGACACAUGGUGACACAUGAGCGCAGAGACAAGCAGGAGGCAAAUCAAGCCAAGAAGGCCACACCUCAGCCUGUUCAAGAGCCAGCCAAAAAACUCAAGAGGCCCAUAGCGAGCAAAGAAGAGUUUAGGUGCUCAUUAUGCAAAAAAUCUUUUGCGGAUGCAAAAGCAUUGGCAGAUCACUGCUUAAGUCACUUGCCGGGAGGAUCAUCGUCAAAAUGUCAGUUCUGUAAACGCCAUUUUAGCAGUCGCGCUGCUCUAGUCCGCCACAUUCGCAUUCAUACAGGGGAGAAACCUUAUCCUUGUAAAAAAUGUGGCCAGUACUUUCAUCGGAUGGAGCCGCUGAAGGCCCAUGUGGAGCAUUGCAAUGGUACAAAGAGGAUCACAGAGACAAAAGACACACAGGUCACAGUAAAGACUGAGAAAAAAGAAGUGAAACGUGGGUUACACAAAGUUAAAAAACAAUUUGAGUGUCAAUAUUGCCCACACGCUUUUGUAUGGGCAAGUAGUCUGACAAAACACUUGAAUGGCCACAAAUUAAAACUACUCGUCCCUUGCUCUAAAUGUGGGAGGUGCUACACAAAGCCAUUAUUAGACUCCCAUGAAAGGGAAUGCAAUGGAAAGAAAUCCACCACAGUUACUUUGUUCCCAUGUAAGAAGUGUGGCAAAUCCUUCAGUCGGAUAGACAAUGCACACGUGCAUGAGAAAAAAUGUAAAGACACUUCUCUCGCAACAAAUGUUAUUAAAAAGAGCUCUCAAGAGAUUGGGACUGCUCUGAAAGAUAAGCUGCCACACAAAUGUCCUCACUGCCCAAAGUCUUUCAAAUACAGAAGUUAUUUGUUGAAACAUCUUCCUUCACACUUGGCAGAAAAACCAUAUACAUGUAUGCAUUGUGGGCAUAAAUAUGCGAGCCAACGUCGAUAUCUUCAGCAUGAAGCUUUCUGUGAUGGAAUAUUUAGAAGGAAGUCAAUGCCUCUUCAGAAAAUUAUGAAAACUGAACCAGUGGUCAAAACCUCUCAAGGUGGAGCAGCUACAGCUGAUGCUGAUGGUCAGUACCGGUGCAAAUUCUGUAAUAAGAACUUUUCCAAAGCCAGGAACCUCAGACGUCACAUCCUAACCCACACAGAUGUGAAACCAUACCGCUGUAAGACAUGUGACAGUUGUUUUUCCAGAUAUGAUCAUCUUAAAGUUCAUCAAAAUCGAUGCAGAGGGAAGAAGCAAAGGCUUGAAGUCUGUGUCCCUAAGAUAAGCCCCAAGCAUGUGGGGACUGGUUGGCAAAAUUCUGUACAAGUAAAGCAAGAGGAAGUUUUCCAGUGCAACACCUGCUCGAAACAGUUCUCUAGUCAAAUUAAUUUGGCCCGUCAUACGUCCCUGUUGCAUACUACAUCUAAGCCAUUCAGUUGUAAACGCUGUGGCUCGUCAUUUUCUUCUUUGUCGUCACUGAAGAAACACACUUUGCUGGUGAAGUGCAAAAGGGCGUCACUGAACAGUGCAACUAAGACUGUCAAAGCAAAAGUUACAGAACAGCAGUGUAGGGAAACAGCAAAACUCCUGCAGAGAAUACAAGGGCAUUAUUCAAAUAAAUUAAAGUUUUCAUGUGCCUACUGCCCUCGACAAUUCAAGAGUCAAGGGCAAGCACAAGUGCACACCCGUCUUCAUACUGGAGAGAAGCCCUUUGGUUGUGAAAACUGUGGAGAACGAUUUAUCCGGCGUGACUAUUUACAGCGGCACUUGGUCAAAUGCACCUCAAAAAGAGAGGCCUCUGAAAAAACACUCUGUGAACGAUGUGGCCAGUUGUUCCCAAAAGAAGCACUUCAAAACCACAAAUCAAAAUGUGUUGUCAAUAGCAGAGAAAUCAAAAAGGAAUUAAAGACAACAUCCAGCACUCCUCCAAAAAUUAAGACCUUUUCUUGUACAAACUGUAGUGAAAAGUUUUUGUUAUUCUCACAACUGCAACAGCAUUUUCUCAGUACACAUAGAGAAGACACGUUACAAAAGCCAUAUCUUGUGUCUGAGGACGUGUUUAUUAAAAAAGAUCCUCUUGAAGAAUAUGAGACCAGCACGAUACAGACUGAUAAUGUGGAUGAUCAGGAUAAUGAAACAAAACCCUAUCCUUGUCCUUACUGCAGUAUGCGAUUUAUCAACAACAGUGGAUUGGGAAUGCAUGUACGUACACAUACAACAGCAUACCCUCUCUCUUGUCAAAAAUGCAAAAAAGGUUUCUUUAAGAAGAAUGUUCUAAAAAAGCACAAGUGUCCAGGCAAAACAGACAUUGUUCAAAGCCGUCUCAGCCCAGCAACAGAACCAUUAACUAAGGAGAAAAGUGCUGUCCUGGUGUUUGACAAAGGUUCAAAUACCACAGGAACAGGAGUUCUGCAGACCCAAUUCUCAUGCAAAGAUGGUAACAAGAAAAUACUUAGAAAGAUAGACCAGAGUUCAGGUCAGGAUAGUCUCUCAGACAAAGCAAACAAAUACCAGUGUUCUGAAUGUGAUCAGAGCUUCAUAGAUGGACUAAUGCUCAUCAGUCACUUGGAGGACCAUGGCCGAGAAGAUCUUUUUAAAAAGAAGCCCUGGUGCAAAAUUUGUGGCAAGAAAUUUGAAAAACAACAUACGCUCUCGCGACAUAUGAAUUCCCUACAUGGCGUAAAGAUCCCUAAAACGAGCACUUGUCAAAUCUGUUUAAAAUCCUUCCGUUUUCCAUCUGACUUGGAAAAUCAUAAGGCAUGCCAUGAUCCCAGUCGACCUUUCUGCUGCUCUGUUUGUGAUUCGAGAUUCAUGACUCAGAAGUCCUUAAAUCAACAUUUUACAAUGUCCCAUUACACAGUUGAGAGUUUCACCUGUCAUCCAUGCAACAAAACUUACGCGACCAGAAAGUCAUAUGCUAGGCACAAUAAGCUAAAGCAUGCUAAAGGUGUAUCAAAUUCUGAUCCUGACAAAGGAAGUAGCUCCUCAGCAGAUCAGUUUGAUAUUGAAGUUGAUGUUGAUGAAGAGAGUGAUGUAAGUGUCAAGGAUGAAAAUGAGGCCAGUGAAGAUGACUCAGACUCUGCUCCAUAUUUUCCUUGUCAUGUGUGUGGAAAAACGUUCUCAACCUCAGAGAGCCUUGAGGACCAUCAACGUUGCCACCUUGGAGAGAAACCACAUGAGUGUGAAGAAUGUGGGAAAUGUUUCUUCCAGCUUGUAAACCUGCAACAACAUCAGCGAAGCCACAAGUCAGAAUUCCAGUGUCAGACAUGUGGAAGGGGCUUCGUCUCCCUCUUUGCAUUGAGGAAACACAAGCAUUCACAUGGAAAGAACCGCCCUCAUCGUUGUUCAAAGUGCCAUCUGAGCUUCACAGGACCCUCCCAACUUGCUGAACACAUGGCCACUCAUCGUGAUGAGAAUUUUCCCUGUGAUCUCUGCGACCGCACUUUCUCAUGUAAAAUAACCCGAGCAGAACAUCGCAAAACUCACAGUGAACAGGAGGAAGAACUCCCCCCUUUGAUUCCACCAUCAAAUACACCUCCUUUGACGUCAUCUUCUUCUGCCUCGUCAUCUUCCCCUGGCAGUGGAGAUCAGAUGGGCUUUAAGUAUCGCUGUGGAAUUUGCAAAAUGCGAUUUCGAGAUCCGGAACAACUCUCUGAACAUGGCUGCAAAGCUGCUAAGGAGCGUCCAUAUGUUUGCCCAGAAUGUGACAAGCACUUCUUGCAUGGUUCCCAUCUGAAGAAGCAUCAGCUAAGCCACCAGGUGUCCGGUCCAUACCGCUAUCAGUGCAACCAGUGCCACAUGAAUUUCACCUAUCGUCAUCACUUCCUGAACCAUUUAAGUCGUCAUGGAAAUGAGAAGGAAUCUGGAGAUGGUGAUGAUGAUGGAGAUGCAGUUCUAGCAAAAACCAGUGAUCCUGACAAUAUUUACCAAUGUCCAAUCUGCCCCCAGAGUUAUUCGCAGGCCAUGGAAUUGGCAGAUCAUCUCACUAUACAUUCCUUCACAUGCAAAGUUUGCAAUAUGACAUUUCCAUCAAAAACGGAACUGGCCAGCCAUGAGCAGUGUCACUUGACGGCCACAACCCAGUAUGAGUGCACAGAAUGUGGCGAAAGUUUUCUGGGAAGCGAUGCUUUUAGGCAGCACCAGUGUGCUCAGCGCCAACGUUUGUAUACUGAAAACAGGACGGGUCCAAAGUUGCAAUCCCCCACCUCCCUAAAGCAUUCCUCCAGAGCUGCAAAGACUACUGAAGAGGAGGAGGAGGUUGAUGUGGGAGAGGACUUUUACAACUGUCCAGACUGCAAAAAGAGAUUCUCCUCUCAAGCAGAUCUUAGUGAGCAUCGGAAGAUGCAACCAGAAUGCCGUCCCUACAAAUGUCAAGUCUGUGACAAGCGCUUUGCGAAGAGGCGGUACCUUAGCAAGCAUCAGCUUAUACACGAGCGACCGUUUCGUUGUGACACUUGUCCGCAGUCUUUUGACUCUGAAAGCUCCCUUUUGUCUCACCAAAGAACUCACGCCGACCGGCCCUUCCAGUGCACGGUCUGUCACAAGUGCUACACCACAGCUCAGGAACUGUUAAAACAUGAGAAGAAACAUACUGAAUUCCAGGGGACUGGAGGGGCUCACCGCUGUGACAUGUGCUACAAGUCCUUUGGCCACCUUUCACUCCUGAGGAAGCACCAAGAGUCUCAUGUGGGUGAAGUGGUGUAUGAAUGUACAGAAUGCGACAAGGCAUUUGCUUUCUUUCAUCUUCUGGAAGAGCACCAACGUACACAUGUACCCGAUUCAAUGUCCACUAGUCCCACUCCUCAAAAUCCAGACAUUGACCAAAUGUAAAAAGAUAUAUCCAGCACUGUAAAAACAAAAUUCAGCUUCUUUUUAACAGAUGUAACUUCCCCCCAUUUUGUGGCUAUUGAUUGCAGAGUUUAGCCCAGUUGAAGAGCUUAAAGUAUAACGCCAGCGGAAAUGGACCAGUGGAAGGGUAGAAUAGCACCCUUUGGUCCAUUUUUGCCGGAGUGGCACUUCAAGGUCAGGGUCAUGAGAUGUUAGAGUGGAUCUGUUUAGAGCUGAGAUGUUUAUUUUGAAUGCCUUUCUUGUACAGUACAUAUUCAGUGGUGUUGUUCUUCUCUUCGUUACUCAUCAUUCAUUACUUAAUAUAUGUAAAAAUGUGUUGGAUGAAUUUUUGUUCUGGCUUGUACAGUUGCACAUUGCAGACCCUGAAGAUGAGUAACUUUUUUAUGUAAAAUACAUUUUUAUAUCCCUUGAAAAUAUUGACCUUAAACACAAAAUGUAUUCAUCCUUUGUUCAUAGUCGGACCAUAGUCCGUGUACUGUGUUAUUAUUCUCACCUGUUCCAUGUUCAUAACACAAAGUAUGGGAUCUUAACAUUUCAGUGUUGAUUGAGAUGUGGGUACUUGUCAAUAUUUGAGAUUGCAUUCAGUUUGUUUAGACUCUUUUAUUCUCUCUUGAGAAUGUUUUGAUAUGCUGCCUUUGAUUCAGAGAUGCUAAUUCAAUAUUUAAUAUGAUCGUGAAAAGAUGGAUUUUAGGAUGGAGAAUUUUCAUGACUACAUUUGUAUUCUGAAUAGGCUACUGUUAGCCUGAUGUUUUUGUUCUUUUCUAUGACAUCAAUAUUGGUUGGAGGCCAGUUGGGAAAUAAAACGAAUAUCAUUCAAA